AAUUAUUGACAGAGCCGUUAUUAAUUACUGCCCAACAACUCCCACAUUAAUCACUAUCCACUGGAGCUCUUAAUCAAAUUCUAAAUCUCUCUGAUCAGUAGUUACUCCUCCCUCUUCUUUCCAUUGCUAGUUGUUUCCCUCUCAAUCUCUAGAGAAUGGAUCAGAUGGGUACCAAAAGCAAGUCCUCCUCCCCCUUUCACAUAGCCAUGUACCCAUGGUUUGCCUUUGGCCAUCUAGGCCCCUUCAUCCAACUCUCAAACAAACUAGCUGAGAGAGGCCACAAAAUCUCCUUCUUCUUGCCCACCACUGCUCUUCCCAAGCUACAGUCCUUCAAUCUCCACCCUAACCUCAUUCAAUUCUUCCCUCUUAAAGUCCCACAUGUCGAAGGCUUACCGCCCGGCGCUGAGACCACCGCCGACGUCCCCUUCAAUCUCCAACCCCUCAUAAUGACUGCCAUGGACCUCACCGAACCUGAACUCAAAUCUACCCUACAUGACCUCAAGCCUGACAUGAUCUUCUUCGACUUCACUUAUUGGGUUCCCUCUAUGGCUUCUCAACUUGACAUCAAAUCUGUCCUCUACUGUUGCACAAGUGCAGCCACCAUUGCCUACCUAUUGGCUCCUGCAAGUAGUAAGCAAGAUGAUGGUGGUGAGUUAUCAUCGGAGGAUCUCAUGCAUCCACCACCAGACUUCCCACCUUCUUCAUCAAUGAAGCUACAUCUCCAUGAAGCUCGUGUAUUAUCAUUCAUCACGUACCGAGAGUACGGUUGUGGAGUUUCCUUCUCAGAACGUAUCACAUUAGGCCUAAGGGGCUGUGAUGCCAUCAGCUUCAGAACAUCAAGAGAGACAGAAGGUAUGUACUGUGAAUAUAUAGAGAAAAAGUAUGGCAAGCCGGUUAUGUUAUCCGGUCCAAUCCUACCCGAGCCACCUUCAGUUGGGUUGGAUGAGAAGUGGGCCAAGUGGCUUGACCAGUUCAAACCCAAAUCAGUGAUUUUCUGCUCCUUUGGAAGUGAGUGCUUCAUGAAGAAGGACCAGUACCAAGAGCUGUUGCUGGGUUUUGAACUUACAGGGAUGCCGUUCUUGGUGGCACUGAAGCCACCUGCCGGGGCAGAGACAACACAGGAAGCGCUGCCAGAGGGUUUCGAGGAGAGGGUGAGUGGUAGAGGAGUGGUGGAGGGUGGAUGGGUGCAGCAGCAAUUGAUACUGGGUCACCCUUCUGUUGGGUGCUUUUUGACCCAUUGUGGUUUGGGUUCCAUGACUGAGUCACUGGUGAAUGAUGCUCAGUUGGUGUUGUUGCCUUACUCCGGAGACCAGUUUGUGCACGCGAGGCUAAUGAGCGGGGACUUGAAGAUUGGCUUGGAGGUGGAAAGGAGAGAAGAGGAUGGGUGGUUCACCAAGGAGAGUGUGAGUGAGGCUGUGAAGAUGGUCAUGGAUGAAGAUAACAAAGUAGGGAAGGAGGUUCGAGAGAACCGGUUGAAGCUAAAGAAGGUGUUUCAGGGAGAACGAUUCGAGUCAGAUUACCUGGACGAGUUUGUAGUGAAGUUGCAGGCUUUAAUCCGACCUUGAUGAAAAUUGUUUGCUGAUGCUAUGUCUGAAGUUAAUUUGAUGAAACUCAUUAUCCCAUUAUAUUGUUUGUUUGAGAUUAAUUUAUUAAUUAGAUUACUGUUGCAAA